AAAGUCCCCUCUCUCAGCAUAAUAUCGCUAGCUAGUGGUGGACACACCAAUUGAGCUUGGCCUCUUUUUGAAGGGAUACUGCCUUGGAAAUUCGUGAAAAGUGCCACGAAAUAUCUACUAGCUAGUAAAGAUUACUGAGCACAACGGAUACCGUACCCUGACCUAGAAAAAUGAGAGCCAUAUCGUUUCGGAACAGCAGGAGGAUACUUGCACUAUCUACUAGGCCUCACCAAAGGACAGAUCCAGCUUCUUCUUCUAGUGUCAUCAGAACUACUUUCAGCUUGAGUGACCUGGGAGCAUCCAACAAACUACAUUCAAUAAAAUUUAAUGCAGUGCAUGCUGAGAGGGUAGCAUUGAACGAGCCGAUAAGAACAAGACGGUUUGUCUCCAAAGCCAACCAAAAAGCACCGGAACAUCAUUCAAAAGAACUUCAAGAUCUUUCGGAUCACCUUGCGCAGUUACAAGAAGCUCCUAUUGGGUCACUCUCGAUAGACAAAUUCCACAAGGCAGCGGACUUGAUUCGUCAAGUCAAAGCAAAGCACUCCAGUAAUCUUGUUCUUGUGGACACGUCUUUUCAAAUACUCGAGCGACUCGUCCAAGAAAUACAACAAGCCAAAGGCAAACGAAAGAGAUAUCUGAAUCACCAAAAUACCCACAGGAUUCUAGACACGACAUUGCUGCAGACAGUGAUCCUUAAACAUUGGGCAAAGACGAAUCAUCCUCACAAAGCGACCAAAACCAAAGAACGAGGGAAUGGUAAAACCAUUCUGGACAUGAUCCACAGUUGGAACAAACGAGCACCAGGACAUUUGCAACCGGAUAUUGCAAUCUACAACACCGCUCUGGAAUCCUAUCUUCUGGACUCAUCAUCAUCCAAGUAUUCCAAAACAAAAAAGAAGCUAUCCGACAAUUUUCCAAUCAAGGUCGCAAAGUUUAUUCAAGGCGUGUACCAACAAUUACUACUCAAAAACAACAACAAUGCAUAUCCCAACCAAAAGACUCACGAACUAGUCAUUCAAGCAUGGAUUGCGGCCAAGGAUGUCAACUCUGCCACGGCAGUUCUCACGGGGAUUCGAAACAACCACGAGCUGCAACCGCAAACAACAAGCAACAAUAUUCGAUUUGGAAAGGAAAUUUUUGAACAACUGCUAAAAGAAUGUGUCGACGAAAAAGCAGGACAAAUGGCGGAUAGUGUGUUGGAUCAUAUACACUAUUUUCAUGACCAUGGACUGCUGGCCGUUCGACCCUUGAUGGAACACUACACGCAAGUCAUACAAGCAUGGGCAGUUUCAUCUCAUCGUCAUCACCCACAGGCACAACGCCGCCUUCAGGAACUCACCGAUUUCGUCCUGAACGAUUACAACAAUAAUCACAAUCAUCAACUACAACCACCCGAUAUCCUCACGUUUCACGUGAUUUUGCAAGGAUUCGCUCGAUUGGGAGAUCUCGAAUCGGCCGAAGAUAUCCUGGGACAGCUCUGUGCCCGAUAUCGACAACAAGAUUCCACUCGUUCGUCUGUCGUCGUUGUCGUCAAACCCGACGUCGAAUGCUUUGGUACCGUCCUCGACGGAUGGUCGCGCGUCAAGAAUCGACCCGAUGCCGGUACACGGGCCGAAGCCUUACUCCGGCUCAUGUGGGACAGUCAUCAAAUGGUACCCUCCAUGCAACAUUUGGUUCCAGACGUGAGCUGCUACAACUCGGUCAUGCAUGCUUACAUUAAUGCGACCAACUACAAUGCCGCCGGAGAAGCCGAACGACUCUUUCAGGAACUCCAGCACAAGUCGACGGAAGAAGCAUACGCACAUUUGCAACCCACCACGGAAACAUACGGGACACUCAUUCAUGCGUGGGCUCAACAUGGCAACGUCGAUCAAGCGGCCAAAAUUCUGGCAUUCAUGUGCGAUACAACUACCAAUGAUACCGCCGCCAUGCCCGACGCACAGUGUUUCAACAGCGUCAUGAAUGCCCAUGCCAAGUCCAAGGCUAUCGUCGCGGGCAAGGAAGCCAACCGUCUCUUGGAAAAAAUGUGGGAGUUGCAUCGCGACGAUCGGUUUCCAGCGGCGGCUCACAUUCGACCCAACAACAUCACCUACGGAAGUGUCAUUCAUGCCUGGGCGCAAUCGGGUCAUGCCGAUGCGGGCGAAAAAGCGGAACGGUUGUUGCGAGAAAUGGCGGACAUGGCCAAAGCGUUGGACGACGACAGUUUGAUGCCGACCACCAGAACGUACAACUCCGUCAUUCAUGCUUGGGGUAGCUGUGGAGACUACGAUCGAGCGAGGGCAGUCUUUCAGGAACUGCCAUCCAAGCCUUCCAACAACACGUCGGUUUGCCGAAACGUUGGCACGUACAACUCUCUCCUGUUGGCCCUAGCAACAGCCGAUGAGUACCAUCACGACGCGAGGUUGCACAAGGGAGAAAUUGCGGACUCGAUCCUAACCGCCAUGCAAGUGAGAGGUGUCAAGCCUAAAAUUCAAACGUACGGCUUGGCUCACAAGUGUUGGUUCCAAUCAUCUGCCGACUUUAAAAAAGCCAGCUUUCGCCUGCAAUCGUUAAAGAGCAAAACCGAGGAAUUGGAGCGCGAAGAAAGGGAAAUGCCCCACUCUCGCUACGGAAGCUAGCUGCACGAAGUGGUACUGGUACGCACAAAAUGGCCCCAAUGGCUCUUCUACAUUCCGUUGCCUCAGGCCCCGCCUUCCUUUAGGGCAAAGCUUUUGCCGGCCGUGCUGGACCAACAUCUAACACGCGAAGUGUUUAGCUAUGGUAGACUUGCUAGCUAUUUAAAACUAAAUGAUGGUUCACUUC